AUGACUGUGUCGAACACAAAUACUCUCCAGUUCGAGUUCAUGGACAAGGAGACAAGCUGCCCGGUUGACAGCCAAAGAGAAUGGUGGAAGAAGACCGGACCCCUACUGGCCCGUUUGAUGAGUUCAGCUGGCUACACGAACGAAUCCCAAAGGCAGUAUCUAAAGUUCUUCUACACAUCUGUCGUCCCGUAUCUAGGGCCAUACCCCCAAACAUUCCCCAGCGCCAUGACACACAACGAACUCCCACUAGAGUUAAGCGUCAACUUUCAGCAGCUAGGCGGUGCCAAACCAGUGAUUCGAGUAGCGGUAGAACCUCUAACCUCCAUUUCGGGAACGAGUGAAGACCCAUAUAAUCUGAGUCCGAUUCGUGAGUUUCUCGCUCGUUUAGAAGAGCUCAAUCCUGCGGGGUAUGACAGUCGUCUCUUCGAGCACUUUUAUCCCAUGCAUACCUUGGACGAAAGAGAGUGCCAAUUACUGCAAGCUCGGAGUGAGGCAAUCCGUGAGCUUUCUCAGGUGUCUUUUGGGUUUGAUUUUAAACCGGAUGGCAUCUCCAUUAAGGGAUACACGUUCCCGGGCUUGAAGUGCCAUGCAGCAGGCACGGACCUAUGCUCUUUGGUCAUUGGAUCUGUUCAAGAGUAUAUGGGAGACUCCGACCGGCACGAUGCCCUAUGCUUGAUCAAAGAGUAUAUCGACACCACUGAGGCAAGGGCCAACUUCGGAUUCGUCUACUCCCAAGACUGUGUCACUCCGGAAAAGUCCCGGCACAAGCUGUACGGCCGUACUAGGGACAUUUCCUGGGAGAAGGUACGUGAGAUCUGGACACUAGGAGGGCGGGUUAAUUCGCCCGAGUCGGGUAGAGGUCUUGAAUAUCUGCACGGACUGUGGAAGGUACUGCAGAUUGGCGAGAAUCCCCAUCCACUUGGCUGUCAUUUGGUGUGGAAUUACGAAACGAAGGCCGGUCUUGCGGCGCCGGCAACAAAGAUUUAUUUCCCCGUUUACGGCAUGAAUGACCAGGGCAACGUACGUGCGAUCGCCCGGUAUUUCAAGCACAUCGGGCUUGAUGGUCAUGGGGAAUCUUAUGAGGAAAUUGUGCAGGAUUUAUUCCCCGGAUUCGAUCUGCAGCAUACAAGUCGCCUAAUUUGCUGGGUAUCAUUUGCCUAUACGCAGAAGACAGGGGUUUAUCUGAGCGUUUACUAUCACUCUUCACUCGAGUACUCUUAG